ACUCCAUCCACUGCUCUCCACACACGACCAUGAGGCUCCUACUGGUCACCGCGUUGUUGCUGGCUGCUGUAGCCGCAGUACGAAGUGAAGCCACCCAGGAGAAGAAACAGGACAAGAGAGGAAUCCUGAGUGGCAUCGGAGGCGGAUACGAAGGCGGCUACGGAGGCGGUUAUGGAGGCGGCUAUGGCGGAUACGGCCUGAGCAGCGAUCUUGGAUAUGGCAGCUCUAGUCUGAGCAGUGGUCUGGGAUAUGGCUACGGUUCCGGUGGCUACGCUAUCGGAUCUGGAAUUGGCCUUGGGUCUGGUCUCAGCUCUGGUCUAGGCUCUGGAAUCGCGCUCAGCUCUGGUCUAGGAUACGGCUACGGAUCAGGCGGUUACGGCGGUAGUUAUGGAGUCGGCCUUGGUUCAGGACUAGGCUCUGGUUUUGGGUUGGGCUCCGCUGUUGGCUCUGGCGUUGGAAUCGGCUCCGGUAUCGGAUUGGCUGCGGCACCAGCGGUGCAGACUGUGACCCGGACCGUAGCAGUUCCUGUGCCCCAGGCUGUGCCCGUGACCGUCAACAGGCCCGUUCCCGUGCCAGUUCCUCAGCCCGUCCCAGUGUCUGUGCCCAGGCCCUACACCGUCAGAGUUCCUCACCCUGUUCCCGUCUCUGUGCCCAAGCCGUACCCUGUCAGCGUGCCCAAGCCAUACGCCGUGCCUGUUCCUCAUGCCGUGCCUGUGCCAGUCCCUCAGCCCUACGCCGUCAGGACCCCUUACCCCGUUCCCGUGCGAGUGCCCCAGCCCGUGGCUGUGCCAGUGCCUCACCCCGUGCCUGUGGAUAGGCCAGUAGUCGUCGGUUCCAGUGGCCUGGGAGGAGGAAUCAGCAGCAUCGGCCUCGGAGGAGGUAUCGGCUACGGAUCUGGAAUCGGAGGAGGUAUCAGCGGUGUCGGUCUUGGCGGCUCCAGCCUGGGAGGUAUCGGCUACGGAUCUGGAAUCGGAGGAGGUAUCAGCGGCUUCAGUCUUAGCAGCGGCAGCCUGGGCAGUAUCGGCUACGGAUCUGGAAUCGGAGGAGGCAUUAGUGGCGACAGUCUUGGCCACAGCUACGGUUCGGGAUACGGUUAUGGAUCGGGUCUUGGAUCAGGUUACAGUUUGGGAGGCAGCGGAUACGGCACCGGCAGCAUCGGCCUUGCAACCGCGAGCUUAGGAGGAUCCGGUUAUGGACUGGGAUCCGGCUCUAAGUACGGGUCUAAUUAUGAGUCACACAAGAUCUGGUAAUACUUGCCAGAAUGUUUGGCGUUGAAACUGAAAGUUCCUGUAACUGUAAACGUUAAAGUUUUGCCUGAAAUAUCAUGGUCUCAUUAUAGUAAAUUGUAGUUGUUCAUAGUUAAAAAAAUUUUAAUGAAAAUACCUAACUGUUUUGUUGAUUUUUACAUUUAUUUUUAUUCUGUGUAUGGAGUGUUCUUUUUUAUAUGAUUAGAUUUAUAUUGAAUAAAGUUAUCAUGAUCCUUUAA